AAUAAUUUUUUUCUGUCUGUAAAAAUUCUAUCGUGUUGAGAGGCAAGUUUGGAUUUGACAGCUUCGUCAGCUGACUGUCUUGUGACUCUCGAUCGGCUGUACAGACCGUGAGGCUCGUCCAGCACAAGCACAUUUCAGCCAGAAAGGGAAGCAUUUCGAGGAGUCGCGAUGUCGCGGGGUUUAGCAAAAAUCGCUCAUGAAGACCGGGAGGGAAAGUUCGGCUUUGUCUUCGCAGUUUCUGGACCUGUGGUGACUGCCGAGAAGAUGUCGGGGUCAGCCAUGUACGAGUUGGUGCGUGUCGGCUAUUCGGAGCUGGUGGGUGAGAUCAUCCGUCUCGAGGGUGACAUGGCCACUAUUCAGGUGUACGAGGAGACGUCCGGCGUCACUGUCGGCGAUCCCGUGCUGCGCACCGGGAAGCCCCUGUCUGUAGAGCUCGGCCCUGGCAUCAUGGGCUCCAUCUUUGACGGUAUCCAGCGACCCCUGCAGGACAUUCACGAACUCUCGCAGUCCAUCUACAUCCCCAAGGGAGUCAACAUUCCCGCCCUCAACACCAAGGUCCAGUGGGACUUCAACCCCAUCAACAUCAAGAUUGGCAGUCACAUUACCGGGGGCGAUAUCUAUGGUCUUGUCCACGAGAACACCUUGGUGAAGCACAAGCUGAUUUUGCCACCAAGAGACAGGGGUACUGUAACAUACAUUGCUGAGCCUGGAAACUAUACCGUCAAGGACGUGGUAUUGGAAACGGAGUUUGAUGGGGAGAGGACCAAGUACACCAUGCUACAAGUGUGGCCUGUGCGUCAGCCCAGACCUGUGACCGAAAAGCUGCCUGCCAAUUACCCUCUGCUCACAGGACAGCGAGUGCUUGAUGCUCUUUUCCCCUGUGUGCAAGGUGGAACCACUGCCAUUCCUGGUGCGUUCGGUUGUGGAAAAACUGUCAUCUCGCAGGCUUUGUCGAAAUAUUCCAACUCUGACGUCAUUGUUUACGUUGGUUGUGGAGAGCGUGGUAACGAGAUGUCUGAGGUAUUGCGUGAUUUCCCUGAGUUGACUUGCGAAAUCGAUGGUGUGACCGAGUCCAUCAUGAAGCGUACUGCCCUGGUCGCCAACACAUCUAACAUGCCUGUCGCUGCUCGUGAAGCUUCCAUCUACACUGGAAUCACCCUGUCCGAGUACUUCCGUGACAUGGGCUACAAUGUGUCCAUGAUGGCUGACUCGACCUCUCGUUGGGCUGAGGCUCUUCGUGAAAUCUCUGGACGUCUGGCUGAAAUGCCUGCUGAUUCCGGCUACCCUGCUUACCUGGGCGCCCGUCUCGCUUCUUUCUAUGAGCGUGCCGGCCGCGUCAAGUGUCUUGGCAACCCUGAGCGCGAAGGAUCAGUCAGCAUCGUCGGCGCUGUGUCGCCUCCUGGUGGUGACUUCUCUGACCCUGUCACAUCCGCCACCCUCGGUAUCGUGCAGGUCUUCUGGGGCUUAGACAAGAAGUUGGCCCAGCGCAAGCAUUUCCCCUCCAUCAACUGGCUCAUUUCCUACAGCAAAUACAUGAGGGCUCUUGAUGAUUACUAUGAUAAGAACUACCCUGAGUUCGUUUCCCUGAGAACAAAGGUCAAGGAGAUCUUGCAGGAAGAGGAAGACUUGUCCGAAAUCGUGCAGCUUGUAGGCAAAGCCUCACUUGCCGAAACCGACAAAAUUACAUUGGAAGUUGCCAAGUUGCUUAAGGACGAUUUCCUUCAGCAAAACAGCUACUCGCCGUAUGAUCGUUUCUGUCCGUUCUACAAGACCGUUGGAAUGCUGAGGAAUAUGAUGGGCUUCUUCGACAUGUCCAGACACGCUGUAGAAUCGACAGCCCAGAGUGAAAACAAGAUCACCUGGACGACUAUCAAGGACAGCAUGGGACCCAUUCUGUACCAACUUUCCUCGAUGAAGUUCAAGGACCCGGUGAAAGAAGGCGAGCAGAAGAUCAAGGCAGACUUUGACCAGCUUUACGAGGACAUCCAGCAGGCCUUCCGCAACUUGGAAGACUAAGUUUCAAAAAUCAUUUUACGAUGAGUUCCUUGCCGUGUCUAACGCAUUCGCCCUAAUGUUGUUUGUAGUAUGUAGUCGUGUACAUAGUUUGUUUCAAAAGCAAGGCAAGGAAUUCAUUGGUUCAUACCGAUCAAAAUUCAAGGAUUUUGCAUUCCAGUUUAGCACAAGUCUAGGUGUACAGUAUCUUAUUCUGGCCUACUCUCCGGAAUUCGUACUUUUACGACGAUGAUUGUAAUUAUCAAACACUAUCACGCGACCUGUUGAUUUUUGCGAUUCUAUUUCAAGUAUGUUGAAACUCCAGGUGUCCAACACAGUAUUAAUUAUUGUUCGACCACACACUGAUAAUAAGUGAAUAAUAAUCGCUGUCACGGGCUCUUAAAUUGACGAACAUAAUAAAUAUGUUAAAAAGCAAACAGGUAACAAUAACAAAUUGCGUAGUAGGCUGCUAGUGUAAAUGGGUCGUUCUUGUCGUGUAUAUGCUGUACAAUAAUAAUUAAUAUUCUAUUAUCACUUGUUAUAAUAUACAUCAUGUUGUCCAUGAAAAAUCGAUUACUGUGUUUUACCAAGGAUUUAUUUUUGUUGAAAUCAUUAUUUUUAUCGAACAAAGCAACGUUCAAAAUGAUUAUUUUGGUGCAAUGAUAUUAAAUUAACUGUCAGUUUUACUGUUUGUGACUCCUGAACGAUUGUGUUGUAAUGGUUACAUUCCCAAAGUUUUCAUUUCUGUAGAAUCAAAAUAAACAAAUUCAACGUGUAAUGUUA